UUGUGUUAUUAAUUGUCGACUGAGAAUCUACUGACGCUGCAGUGUUCCUUCAGUCUUUUCAAAACCUUUCUUCCAUUUCUCUCUCUCAUGUGCUUCGGUCAUGGAGACAUCAAGUAAGCCUACUGCGUCUUCUUCAUCUUCAACAUCACAUUUGAUUGUAUUUGCUAGAUUAUCCGGUCUUCUAGUUGCAGUGCUAGUUCUUGUUUGGGGCCUUUCCUUCAGAUCAAACUUCCUUUCUCACACCUCAUCAACUCACGAUGCUCACAUGUACUCUGUUUUUCAUGUUCUUGUAAUGGUGAUAGGUUUUGUACUCAUCAGCGGAGAAGCAAUAUUGGUGCAUAAAUGGUUUCCAGGGUCAAGAAAUUCGAAGAAAUUAGUGCAUUUAACUAUGCAAGGAGUUGCUUUGGCAUCUGGCACUUUCGGAAUUUGGACAAAAUUUUAUUUGGAAAGAGGGGUUUUGUCUAAUUUCUACAGUUUACAUUCUUGGAUGGGUUUGAUGUGCAUCUCCUUGUUUGCUGCUCAGUGGUUAAUGGGGUUCUUUAGCUUUUGGCAUCGAGGAGAGGAGCGAACCACAAGGAUAAGGGUCGCACCAUGGCAUGUGUUCCUUGGGCUCUAUAUAUAUGGAUUAGCCAUUGCAACAGCUGAGGCGGGUCUACUUGAGAAGCUCACAUUCUUAGAAGCAAAAAAGAAGUUUCUGAAACAUUCUCUGGAGCCAGUGGUGGUCAAUAGUUUAGGACUAGGGUUAGCUUUACUUGGUGGCAUUACAAUACUGACUGCUGUUUCUACAGGGAAUCAAAGUAUUCCGACUAAAAUCGUAUGCUCAAGUACGAGCAAGCGGUCAUCAUCGUAAAUACAAUAUUUUCAAUUUGUACUGUAAAAUACUUCCGGGAAGAAAUUUCUAGCCCUUCGGUAGGUUUUAAUUAUGAUGGAGAUGUUGAGAUCCUCCCUAUGUGUUGUAUCCACCAAACACAAAGUGAGCAGUAGUAACAAUUGAAAUAGUUAUUGUUGUA